ACCUUUCGGUCUGUUAUUGACUCAGAAGCUCCUAUAGUUUGUUUUUUGUCUUACAGUGACUUGGUAGGUUUUACAGCCAUCGCUCGUGACAGUACGCCGUUCCAGGUCGUCACACUUCUCAAUGAUCUCUAUACUUGUUUUGAUGCUAUUUUGGACCACUAUGAUGUGUACAAAGUAGAGACCAUUGGUGAUGCAUAUAUGGUUGUCAGUGGUUUACCAAUCAGAAAUGGUAAUCUUCAUGCUGGAGAGAUUGCUACAAUGUCCCUAGAACUACUCUCUGCUGUACUGACUUUUAAGAUCAGGCACAUGCCAGAGAAGUUCCUGCAGCUACGAUGUGGAAUGCAUUCAGGCCCAUGUGUUGCUGGAGUGGUCGGACUUAAGAUGCCGCGGUAUUGUCUGUUUGGGGACACAGUUAACACAGCAUCAAGAAUGGAAUCCAGCUCAGUCGCUCUGAGAGCCCACAUGAGUCAGAGUACAGCCACCAUUUUAGAAGAGUUGGGAGGGUAUCAUCUGGAGUGUAGAGGAGAGAGAGAAGUCAAGGGAAAAGGAAUAAUGAAAACCUAUUGGUUAAAUGGAAAAGAUGGAUUUGAUAAAGCAUUACCAGGGAGAGAGCUAGCAGUCUCACUAUCUCAACACGAGUUCAAGUAGACUUAACAAUGGAUCGAAGCUAGUGUAUUAACUUCUGAUGGAAUGGAAGAAAUAUUUGGCCGGCUGUAAAGAAAUCCCC